AUGAAAAUUCAACUAGAUUUCUCAACAAGUGUUACACCAGAUACACAUCAUCCAAAUCCUUCUACAAACCCAUCACAACCCAAAGGAAAUAUAGGAUCAACAGUUUAUGAUCCAGAUCGACUCGAAUCACAACCUAGAUUAUCUAAUUCUAAUUCUUGGUUAAGUCUUGAUGCUUAUACAAUCUACUUUGAUGUAGAAACUAAAACGGUUUUGGAAAGGUGUUGGAAAACUAUGUAUCCUAAAGAAGAUUAUGUUGAAGUGAUCUUGGCUGGUCAACCUGAUCUUUAUGGUCCAUUUUGGCUUCCAACUACACUUAU